AUGGCAGCAGACCGAUUUAACAUCAACCGACAGUGGGAGCAUCUACAGGCCAAAUACGUGGGCACAGGCCAUGCUGACACCACCAAAUUUGAAUGGGCAGUGAACCAACACCGUGAUACAUUGGCGUCGCACUUGGGCCAUUCAGACAUGAUGGCGUACUUUGCCGUGGCGGAGAACGAGAGUAUGGGUCGAGUGCGCUAUAACAUGUUGGAGAAAAUGCUGCAGCCCUGUGGACCCCCACCACAGAAGGAAGAGGAAUAA